GCGCCAGCAUCCAGCUAUCAUUGGAGCCCCGGCACGCGGCUCGAUAUCGUCCAGGAGUCGAACCGAAUUCAUCCCGUAUCGUUCGAGAAUUCUAGACGAGGGCUCCCCUCUUUGGCGAAUCACACGGCGCCUCCCUUGUCACUGGCGCUUGGUGACAGCCUUAUUCCAUCUCGAUCCGAAUGCGUGAGCGAGGCUCAGCAGUAUUGUUGCGCCCAUACCUUCCAACAAGUCAAAGCUUAUCCAACAUCACCCUUGGGACCUUUGCGUCCCCCCUUUAAUACAACAAUGGCUCCCGGUGUCCUCGAGAAGCCCGCCGAGGAGCAACAAGGAGGCGACUUGCACAUGACCAACGCUGCUGACGACAGCUGUAUCGACCGUCUAACCUUGUUGAGGAGUAUGCCGGAACCGCCGGUAGAAUGUCAAGUGUGCGUGGUCGGCGCCGGCCCGGCUGGCCUGAUGCUGGCUUGCAACCUCGGCCGUUUCGGUGUCAAGGUGGAAGUGGUGGAUGACAGGGCAGACCAGACCCCAGUGGGGAGAGCCGACGGUCUGCAACCCAAGACGAUCGAGACUUUCCGCCAGAUGCGCCUGGCAGAUCCUCUACUACAACGCGGCGUUCGAGUGUACGACAUUGCUUUCUGGAGGAGUACAACGGACGAACCGCUCCACCGCCUUGGCCGAGAAAUUCACUAUCCCCCUAUAAUCGAUGUGCUGGACCCGUACAUUUUGUUGGUUCACCAGGGUAUGGUGGAAAGUCUGUUCAUCGAGGACUUGAAGAAGCGCGGUGUUGAAGUGCGGAGAAAUACCGCUUUCGACUCGUAUAGCGUUUGUGACGGAAACAAUGGGCCGCUCCAGGUGAACUGCCUAGCAAAUGUCACCCAGGAUCGCAAGACCAUAUUGACGCAAUAUUUGGUUGGAUGUGACGGCGCGCACUCCAAGGUCAGGAAAAGCAUCCCUGAUGCCAAGCCCAUCGGCCUAUCGCAGCCCUCGCUGUGGGGCGUCCUUGACGGCGAGCUCGAUACCGACUUCCCAGACAUUUGGUCAAAGACGUUGGUCUAUUCGCAAGAGCAUGGCUCUAUCUUGAUCAUUCCUCGAGAGCGGAACAUGACCAGAUUUUACAUUGAGCUGAAGAGCAGCACAAAGGGUGACAGAAAUAUGCUGGGGCAGGAGUUUGUGAUGCAGCGCGCCAGGGAAAUCAUGGCGCCCUUUAGUGUCAAGUGGAAGUACAUUGAAUGGUUUGGUAGGUACCAGAUUGGCCAGAGAGUUGCGAACCGCUUCCAGGACCCUCAUACCCGGGCCUUCUUGGCUGGCGACGCUAGCCACACUCACUCGCCCAAGGCUGCGCAGGGUAUGAACACAUCGAUGCACGAUGCCUGGAAUAUUGGCUGGAAGCUGAAUUUUGCCGCCCGUGGCCUUGCGAAGCCCGCGUUACUGGAGAGCUACGAACAGGAGCGGAGGAAGAUUGCGCUGGACUUGGUCAACUUUGACUAUGAGCACGCUAAUCAGAUUGCCGGAGGUGACGCUGUCGCUCUGGCUGAAAACUUCAAGACGAACGUUCGCUUCAUCUCCGGCAUUGGUGCGGAAUAUGGUGAGAAUGCUAUCAACAUGGUUGAGCCGCAGUCGUGGGUUAUGGGUGACGCCAAGCCCGGCUGCUUGCUCCCGCCCGCAAAGGUUACUCGCUACUUGGACUCGAAUCCGGUCGAUGUCCAGCUCGAUAUUCCCAUGCUGGGCCAGUUCCGGAUUUACCUGUUGAUGUGGGAUGUCCAUCAGUCGCGCAUCUUUCUGGAUGGUUUCUGCGCGGCUUUGAACUCGUCUGAUUCUUUGAUGAACCAGCUCUCGGCCGCCGCGAACAUUUCGUACGCCAAGCAGCCCCGUCUACCAGCUCCUGAGGAUAUCUAUCUCCGUCCGGAGCGGUAUACGGCCGUUAGCCAUUUGUUUACUUUUGGUUUGAUCACCACCAUGCCCAAGUCUGAAAUCGAAAUAACCGACCUCCCCGCCCUCUUCCAAGACAGCCGCUGGACCUUCUACCUUGACGACAUUCCCGAGCUUGACACCCGCGGCCAGCUGUGCACCAACAAGUGGCUCGGCAGUCUCGGCCCCGGAGAGGUGGCCAUCGUCAACGUCCGUCCCGAUGGGUAUGUUGGCUCUAUCGGCAGGUGGGACUCGAGCGUGGACGAUGCCGGUGAGGAGGCGGCCAAGUGGCUUGACACUUACUACGAUCGGUUUUUGCAGGUGCCUCCUUCUCCUGCGAUGGAUUAGGAGGUUGACGCGGAAGAAGAGGGCGUGGCAGGGGACGAGGAGGAGGAGGAAGAGGUUUGGAUCCGAAGAAUGAUUGUGUGUGGCAAAGGAAAAACAGUCAAAGAGGUACAUGAAGUGGACACGAUUGACAAGGAGAUUGAGAAGAGAGAUAUGGAGUUUUUGAAGGAGAUAGUGGAGAAGCUGGCGGCGGACUUUGAGAAUUGGCCCAAGAGAGAGAGGGAUGGCUGGAAAGGGCGGAUUAUAUCAAGAGGGAAAAAUUAAAGUUGGAACAUGAUAGCAAGAUGGCUGAGGAAAACGAGAACUGGUUGGAGGAGAGUGUUGGGAAUUGAAGCGGCGAAAGGGUUGCUGUUGAAACAUGGGAACGAGCAGACUAACGGGAAUGACCAAGACGCAGAAAGGACACCGAUCAAAGGACCUCGCGGAGUAAAGGCAGACUCGUGAGACUAGGUCUAGGCGGGAAAUUUUGGUGUAUAGAUGGUAUAGGAAGAACCAUUGAGGGCUGGGAGGCAGGUUUGUUUACUUUUCUACUCAUGCUGGAAGGACAAUCGGGAAGGAAGAUGGGGGGACAGAGCACUGGAGGGAGCAUCUUGGUUUGGUGGUGUCGAGUGAGGAAAAUAUCGUUCUUUUCGUCUUGGUAUGGGUUGAGUGAUAUUUCGGAUCCCUGUGUUGGCGGUGUUUGGUUUGGCGUAGAGGAGUUAGACUUAGUCCUGUCACGUAACCUGCUUCAUGUAUGUAUGUAACGGGUUGACGAACUGAAAAAGGAUUUGAGGACUUGAAUAGAGCUCUCGUCUUCGACUUGGAAACCCGGAAAUGAAGAUGAAAGAAAUUUGAGGAGUGACUGAUGUAUG